AUGGCAUCCUGUCCCAGGUUCAGUCAAAAGGUCGCGGAGUGCGAGUCUAUUAUCGCAUAUGAGUUCGAUUCCAAAUCGCUCUGUGCACAAGCACUGAACGCAGCCGCCGACUCCAUGGCUGUCUGUUACAUGGAUGGCUCUAUCAAAAAAAUGCCCAAGAAUGAUCGGCUCGCGGUUUACGGCGACGCUGCAGCUGCAGCCUACUUGUGCAGCCUGUGGGUCAAGGGAGGACUCCCGAAACAUUGCUGGACCACGCUGCGCCGCGACCUCAUCAGCAAUGAUAACUUGAAUAGAGUUGGAAGGGAGCGCGGUCUUCACAAGUGCACUAACAUGAACGGAGGAACUACUAGGGUCAGUUCCGGGAUGGUCGCGACGGCUGUCGAAGCUAUUCUCGGGGCUGUCGAAAUGGACGGCGGUCGCGAUGCUCUCGCCCGAGUUAUGAAGCAUCUUGGUCUCACGGAGCAUGCUCUCCUCGGAUCGGUAAAGUUUCUCUCUUUUGACAAGCUAACUCACUUGAUCUGUAUAGGUGCCUUCGCAGCCGCCAUUGAAUUCCCCCGUGACAUCGACCUGUGA